AUGGCUGCCAAAUACUGUGAACCAUGUACUGCGCGUGGCAUGACUCCAACUGCAUCCAAAUGGUGUACCGAAUGUGAAGAAGCUCUGUGUUCCGAUUGUACAGAGGCGCAUAGAGUUCAAAAAAUGUCGAGAAAUCACCAUUUAUUGGAAGCAUUAGAAGAGUCACUUCUAAAACAAUUAGCUGAGAAGAAAGACAACUAUGUAACCAGUUUGAAAAGACAGGAUAAAAGUAUAAAGGAAUUAUUAAACUCCACAAAAGCUCAAAAGGAAUCAUUGGAAUUUAUUAGAGAUCAUAGUUCUGAAAAACAAGCCUUUGUUUCUAUUCGUUCGUCCAAACCAAUCUUAAAUGAAAUUGAAAACAAAGUUAAGCAGCUUGUCGAAUCGUUUGCAGACAUCAGUCUUACGUUCAUAGAAAGCGGGUCGAAGGAAAAAUUAGCAGAUUUCGGGUCAAUAGAAAUAAAGGAGACACCUUGUUCCGUUCCAUUUGUCCCGUACAAGCAGCGCCAGUCACAGAUUCCAGUUGGUCUUAAGCGCCAGAUAACAUCCUUCACCUAUAUUUACGAUAUCGAUAUGAGAGGCGAACAAUUAAGAAGUGUAACUGGCAUCACAAUAUCAGACAAUAACACAUUGAUUUUCUGUGAUGUAUCUAUGAAAAAGAUUCAUUUUUGUGAUGAAAACGAUAGCUAUCAAUCAUCUAUCAGAUCUCCAUAUAAACCAUAUGAUAUAUCAGCAAUACCAGGAACAAUGACUGCUGUUGUGUCAAGUAGAUUUGAACCGUACAUACAGUAUCUAGAUAUCAAAAGACGCAGGAUAUCAAAGAAGAGAGAAGUGGAACAAAGUGACUAUUUUGGUAUUGAUGCAACAAAGGAUAAUAUAUUUGUAGGUCCUAAAGCAAAUAUACAGGCCCUAGACUUGUGUGGAAAUAUUCAAAGAACAGUUAAAAGUGAAUAUGGACAGGGCUCUUCUGGAUACAUUUCCGUUUGCCCGAAUGGAAAUAUUUGUUAUUCAAGUGGAAAUGCAGUUCAUUGCAUUACAUUAGAUGAGUGUCAUGUUUUUUCCUAUAGGUCACUUGAUCUUCUUUAUCCACGAAAUAUGAUAAUAGAUGAUGCUGGAAAUAUAUACAUCUUGGAUUGCGAUUCACAAAAUAUUCAUAAACUGACACCUACUGGAAUUUUUGUAGGCACUAUAUCGACAGCUCGAUUUUCCAAUCCUUACACGUUCUGUUUUAGUAAGGAUAUGUCUAAAUGUUACAUGGCAAAUAGACGCGGAACAACAAUAUCCGUAUUCAAGACAAAUUAG